AUGAUCAUUGGGUAUGAGGAUAAAGUGUCUGAAGUGUACAGGGAGUUGCUUCCGGUUCUUUCUAAAGCUCCGAAAUCUGGAACCACGGCAGUGAAGGUAUUAAAUUGUUUGGGCAUUGUGGCUUUUUUUGGUGCAACCAACUCAGAGGAUAUUCAAAAUGCAAUGCAAAUUAUAUGGAAGUUCAUUCAUGCUGAUCAAUCUGAUGCAAAUGAAGAAAAGCAUUCGGCGGCGGUCCUAGUUGCUGCAAUCAAUGCUUGGUUGUUUCUACUGACGAGCGUGGAAGGAUGGAGACUCAGACACAACAACUGGAAUGGAGCCAUUGAUUACUUCUCAACCCUGUUGUUAAAGCAUGAUGAUAAAUUAGUCCGUGUGGCUGCUAGUGAAGCACUAGCUUUGAUUUUCGAAACCGGUAGUUUGGAAAAGUUCUGGGGAGAAGGAAAGGAACGUAGCUAUUCUCAUAUGCAACAAUUACUGAGGGAGAGUAUCGUUGCAAACGACGUCCGCCAAGUUGUGAAAUAUUUUGAGAAUUUUCAAUGCCCGGGAACAUCAUUAACAGUCAAUGGAAAAGAUCUAAAGCUGUCAUCAUGGUAUCAGAAGAUCCAGUUACAGUUUUUGAAGGGUUUUUUAGCUGAAGGGCUCGAACUACAAGUGAAGGAAAAUGAAAAAUUACAGAAUCUGUUCGAGUUCAAUCCACAUCGAAUUAUACAUUCAGGUCGAGAAUUGUAUGCGUCCACCACUGAUAAAAUCAGUGUCACUUUCUUUUUACCUGAAGAAAGAGACCCUGAAAAAUUAACAAAGGAAGAUCGAAAGAAACAAAAGAUUUGGAGAAACUCUGUUCUAAAGAAGGCACAGACACAAUUAAUGACCAAACAUCGCCGUUUGUCUGCAGAAAUGAACUGCUCCGACUAUGAUUGA